UAUUGGUCCUUUGGUUUGUUCCCGUGAUCACCACCGUCACUCGCGGUGUAUCCGUGCCUUGUAACACAUUCCGGUAGUUUGUGAGUCGUUUCAACAGUGCAAUCAUGCCGAUGUUCGUGGUGAACACCAAUGUGGCUAAAAGUGCGAUUCCUGCCGCUCUUAUGGUUGAGGCUACAGACGAAUUGGCCAAAUUGAUGGGGAAACCUGCACAGUAUAUCGCUGUACACAUUAACGGGGAUCAGAUGAUGAUGUUCGGUGGAAAGCCAGAUCCUUGUGCGCUCUGCUCCUUAGUCAGCAUCGGGAAAAUCGGAGGAGCACAAAACAAGCAAUAUUCCAAAUUAUUGUGCGGCCUGCUCAAUAAACACCUGGGCAUCUCGCCUGACAGGAUCUACAUCAACUUUACUGAUAUGGCUGCAGAAAAUGUUGCUUGGAACAACUCCACCUUUGGCUGAGAUAAAAAGCUGCAUCUUAAUGAGACUAAAAGCAAAAAUGUUAUGCAAUAGAUUAUCCGUGAUAUCACAAUGACAACACAGCACUUACUGUAGACUUGAAUAUGAUAAUAAAGUAUGAUGAGUCAAAAUGA